GUAGUCGUGGCGACCAAGCAACGCGAGUCAACAACAACAACCGCCCUGCCGACCCCCAUCCCCACACCCCCGGCCCGGCCCGGGGACUCCGGCACGUUCUGUCCCCCUCCCAGCAUCGCUUCCGAGACCUCUGAAAAGCCCGUUCGCGGACAGAAGUGGGGAGAAGCCGAGGAAGCAAAAAAAAAAGCCUUAUUUAUUAUCAUUUUCCCCACUGUUGGCAUGGCAACACAGGCGUACGUUACUGAGCUACAGGCAGCCCCACAGCCAUCCCAACCACCACAGGCCCAGCCCCAGCCGCCACCGCCACCACCGGCAGCGCCCCAGCCCCCCCAGCCGCCUGCCACCCCCCAGCCCCAGUAUGUCACGGAGCUGCAGAGCACUCAGCCCCAGGCGCAGCCACCAGGCAGCCAAAAGCAGUAUGUGACAGACCUCCCGGCCACCCCCACACCCUCGCAGCCGGCCGGCGCACCCACUCCAUCCCCAGGAUCCCAGCAGUACAUCGUGGUCACCGUGUCUGAAGGUACCAUGCGGGCCAGCGAGACUGUGUCAGAGGCCAGCCCGGGCUCCACCACCAGCCAGACUGGAGUCCCCACUCAGGUGGUUCAGCAGGUGCAGGCCACCCAGCAGCAGCUGCUGGUCCAAACAAGUGUGCAAGCCAAGCCAGGACAUGUGUCACCCCUCCAGCUCACCAGCAUCCCCCUGCCCCAGCAGGCUCUCCCCACACAGCGGCUGGUGGUGCAGAGCGCAGCCCCAGGUGGCAAGGGGGGCCAGGUCUCCCUGGCAGUGCACAGUACCCAGCAGGUGCACACACCCCCUGAGCGGUCGCCGGUGCAGGCCAAUAGCUCCUCCAGCAAGACGGCUGGGGCCCCCGCGGGAACGGUGCCACAGCAGCUACAGGUCCACAGUGUCCAGCGGAGUGUCCCCGUCACCCCAGAGAGGUCUGUGGUCCAGGCCACUCCACAAGCUCCCAAAACUGGCCCCGUGCAGCAGCUGGCGGUGCAGGGACUCCAGCCAGUCCACGUGGCUCAAGAGGUGCAGCAGCUCCAGCAGGUGCCUGUCCCACAUGUGUACUCCAGCCAAGUGCAGUAUGUGGAGGGCGGCGACUCUAGCUACUCUGCCAGUGCCAUCCGCUCCAGCACCUAUCCCUACCCUGAGACGCCGCUGUACCCACAGACAGCGGGCACCAGCUACUACGAGGCAGCGGGCGCGGCCGCCCAGGUCAGCACACCUGCCACCUCCCAGGCGGUGGCCAGCAGUGGCUCCGUGCCCAUGUAUGUGUCCGGCAGCCAGGUUGUCGCCAGCUCCACCAGCAGCGGGUCUGGGACCAGCAACAGCAGUGGCAGUGGCGGCGGGGGCGGGGGUGGUGGGGGCGGCGGAGCAGGCACCUACGUGAUCCAAGGCGGCUACGUGCUGAGCAGUGCCAGCCAGUCCUACUCCCACACCACCCGUGCCUCACCAGCCACGGUCCAGUGGCUCCUGGACAACUAUGAAACGGCUGAGGGGGUGAGCCUGCCACGGAGUACCCUCUACUGCCACUACUUGCUGCACUGCCAGGAGCAGAAGCUAGAGCCCGUCAACGCCGCCUCCUUCGGCAAGCUCAUCCGCUCCGUCUUCAUGGGCCUACGCACUCGACGUCUUGGAACGAGGGGAAACUCCAAGUACCACUACUACGGCCUGCGUAUCAAGGCCAGCUCGCCCCUGCUGCGGCUGAUGGAGGACCAGCAGCACAUGGCCAUGCGGGGUCAGCCCUUCUCGCAGAAGCAGAGGCUCAAGCCCAUCCAGAAGAUGGAGGGCAUGACCAACGGCGUGGCCGUGGGGCCGCAGCAGGCCGCCGGGCUGUCGGACAUUAGCGCCCAGGUCCAGCAGUACCAGCAGUUCCUGGAUGCCUCGAGGAGCCUCCCUGACUUUUCAGAGCUUGACCUCCAAGGCAAAGUGCUGCCUGAGGGCCUCGGGCCUGGAGACAUCAAAGCCUUCCAGGUCCUGUACCGGGAACACUGUGAGGCUGUUGUUGACGUCAUGGUGAACCUGCAGUUCACCUUGGUGGAGACGCUGUGGAAAACUUUCUGGAGGUACAACCUCAGCCAGCCCGGUGAGGCACCACCACUGGCUGUGCAUGACGAGGCUGAGAAGCGGCUGCCCAAGGCCAGCCUGGUGCUCCUCUCCAAGUUCGAGCCUGUGCUGCAGUGGACCAAGCACUGUGACAACGUGCUGUACCAGGGCCUGGUAGAGAUCCUCAUCCCGGAUGUGCUGCGGCCCAUCCCCAGUGCCUUGACCCAAGCAAUCCGGAACUUUGCCAAGAGCCUGGAGAGCUGGCUCACCCACGCCAUGGUGAACAUCCCCGAGGAGAUGCUGCGAGUGAAGGUGGCAGCGGCUGGCGCCUUCGCGCAGACCCUGAGGCGCUACACGUCGCUCAACCACUUGGCGCAGGCGGCACGUGCCGUUCUGCAGAACACCGCGCAGAUCAACCAGAUGCUAAGCGACCUCAACCGCGUGGACUUCGCCAACGUGCAGGAGCAGGCCUCGUGGGUGUGCCGCUGCGAAGACCGCGUGGUGCAGCGGCUGGAGCAGGACUUCAAGGUGACCCUGCAGCAGCAGAACUCACUGGAGCAGUGGGCAGCCUGGCUGGACGGCGUCGUGAGCCAGGUGCUCAAGCCCUACCAGGGCAGCGCCGGCUUCCCCAAAGCAGCCAAGCUCUUCCUCCUCAAGUGGUCCUUCUACAGCUCCAUGGUGAUCCGGGACCUAACCCUGCGCAGCGCCGCCAGCUUCGGUUCCUUCCACCUCAUCCGGCUGCUCUACGAUGAGUACAUGUACUAUCUGAUCGAGCACCGCGUGGCUCAGGCCAAGGGCGAGACCCCCAUCGCCGUCAUGGGCGAGUUCGCCAACCUGGCCACCUCACUGAACCCCCUAGACCCCGACAAAGACGAGGAGGAGGAGGAGGAGGAGGACAGCGAGGACGAGCUGCCGCAGGACAUGGAGGCCCUGGAGCCGCCGGCCAAGUUGGCGCGGACUGACACGCGCGGCCUCUUCGUGCAGGCGCUGCCCUCCAGCUGAGCCUCCCCAGCCCCGCCCUCGCCGCCCCUCCACGCCAGGGCCCCUCGCAGCUUCCGUGGCUUCGUUGUCACCGCCCCGGCCUCGGCCAGGGCGGGGAGGGGGCCUCCGAGGCGGGGAAGGCUUGGGGGUCCCAGCCCCGACGGGGCCGGCACAAUCCCAGGGCCGCGCGGAGCCGCAGCUGCAAACUCUGACCCAAAAGACGUGCCUUAAGGAACCCGCCGCCUUGCCCAGCUGCCGUUUGGGGCAGCCAGCUCGGCCCCUAGGCCCCAAGGCUGCAGCCUCUCCCCCCCACCAACCCCACCCUCUGGCCACCCCAGGGGGCAGGCGGGCAGGCCCCCUCCCCUGCAGAACUGUUAACUUAUUCAGCUCGCUGGCUUUGCACAGCCUGCCCUGGGCCCAGCCCUGAGCCCCAGGUGGGCAUCACCUGGGAACUACCCCAGUCAGCAGCCCCGGGCCCCCUACCCCAGCAACCCCACUGCUUCCCCUUCCUUGGUAUAAGUGCAAUUAAAGCCGUGGGUGUCGCAUCUUCUCCAGAGUUGGGCCCUCCCUUGCCCCGAAGCCCUAGAGGGAGACACUGCCCCGCCUGGCUCCAGGAGGGCGGCAGGGGGUACCACCUCCAGCUUCCAAAGAGCAGCAGGCUGGCCACAUGCGGAAACUCGACGGGCCUGCUGCAGGCAGCAGGGGGUUGAAGUGCCCAUGCUUGCUCAGGCAGGACUGGGUGCUCCACUCCCUCUGAUCCAAGACCCCCGGCAUCUCGGGCCCUCCCAGCCUCUGGUUUGUAAUGGAACCUCUGCACUCCUACUCUUCCUGGAGACGUGCUUCUCCUCCGUGCUGUGCGACUGCCACCCCCCACAUGACUAUUGUGCGAUUUGUGUGCCCCGCCAAAGCGGAGCUGGUAACUUGUUGGGUUUUUUUCCAACCAUCAUGGCCUUAUCUGUUCCGGUUUUCUCAAGUGUUUUCAACCUGUGAGAUAGAUGUUUAUGGCAAAAACCAAGAAAAAAGCAAAAAAAAAAUCUGACCUAUUGUAUAAAAAUCAGUAUUUUGUGUGCUCCGCGUGCUACAGCUUUGGAGGUGGUCUGCCACUCCCCCUUCCCCACCCCCUGGGGCCUCCCCUUUCCUGGCGGUGAAAGCGUCCACAUUUGUGGUAGUCUAGUGUGCCGAACUGUUUUCUACCUUUUUGUAGUCUUUCUUAAAACAAUAAAUUCCGCUGUGAUAUUUGGC